AUGAAACUAUUGCAUCAAUUAUUCUUCCUAUUCUGUUGGAUUGCUUUUUGUCUUCAACAGUAUUAUUGUACAGAUAUUCAAUGUUUCGAAGGGCCUAAUUUUUGGUGUUUAAAUCAAACGACUGAAUCUCUUUGUAACUUUACAAAUAAAACUAUCGGUCUAUGUGGAUAUUCUAACAAACGAUGUCAAGUUAAAACCGGUGAUAGCUUUUGUAAAUCUUUGCCACCCGCACAACAACAAUCCCCAUUUGAGUUCGACGGUGGCAUAACAAACGCAGAUGAAGAUUUAUUUUCUUAUUAUGUUCUCAGCCUAUAUUGGCCUCCGUCAAGUUGUCCAAAGAUAUACAAUGAAACAUUAGAUUUAUUACGUUACUUCUGUUCUCCAUAUACAGAUAUUGGUCAACCUGGCAGCGAACGUUUAGUACUACAUGGUGUCUGGCCAACAUUUGCGACCAAAGGAAACUAUCAAGGUUGGCCACAGUUUUGUUCGGCAAAAGAUGCUGAUUGGUCAAAGUGUCACAUCAAUGGUAAUUUAUGUCCAUGGAAAAACACAACAUCUAAUGAAUUCACACAAGGUGAUUAUGAAAAUUGUUUAUCUAUUGAAAACAUUCAACAAUGCCUUGUCAAUGCUACUAAUGUUCUUCUACCUGAACAAGAGCGUUUGAAGCGAUUAGCACCAGGAUAUCUCGGUACACGAAAUUUAUUUAUUAAUCAUGAAUGGACAAAACAUGGUUCAUGUUGUUCGUCGAUAUUUGGAAAUAAUAUUUCGAACUAUUUGGCACAUAUGCUAGAUUUGGUUGAUAUGGUAACUCGACCUGGAUCUUUGACAUACGAGUACAUCCAACGCUAUUCCGGUGAAAAAAUCGGUAUUGAUUAUCUUGUUGCGAUGCUUAACCAAACAGCAAUAAUAAAUUGUAAUUCGAAAUGUGAACUCGAAGAAGUUUGGAUGUGUGUGAAUCGCGAUGAGACGACAGGUUUACCAACUCGAUUGAUUCCUUGUCCGUCAGGUGCUCGAAAUACCAGUGAUUCAUGUAAAAAGGCCCGAUGUGAAUAUGUCUUCGUUCCUUUACGAAAUCAAAGUCAACAAAUCCUUCCCAAUGAUGAUCAUACAUCAUCAAACUUAACGCUAUUUUUAUUCAUUAUUUUGAUAAUCAUUCUUUUGAAAUAUGUUUUCUUUCUUUCCGCUAGUUGUUAUGAAUUUCUGAAAAUUGUUACUAGUCAAUAA